GAGAGAGAGAGAGGGGUAGGGAGUCAGGCUGUGAAUGCUAACGAGCCCCGUUCGCAACCACACGCAGCUCCGUGGCUCGGCUUCGAGAGAAAACAACCCGUGUAGCAAUGGAGAGGAGCGAGGAGCAGCGUUAGAACCUCCGGCUAUGUGUGUCCGCCCCGCAGGCGAGCAGCAGCCUCCCCGCCGUCGGCACGUUUGAUACGAAGAAGAAGAAGAAGACGAAGAAGAAGAAGAAGGAGGAAAAAAAACCCACAACGUCUUUUUUUCCGCUGAGUGAAAUGUGUCGCUGCUGCUCCGGACUCACAUUCUGACAAUGGAGAUUGAAAAUAUCGUGGCCAACACGGUUCUGCUGAAGGCGAGAGAAGGUGGAGGUGGGAAGAGAAACGGCCGCAGUAAGAAAUGGAAGGAGAUGCUAAAGCUGCCGCACAUCAGCCAGUGUGAGGAGCUCCGUCGCACCAUCGAGAGGGACUACACAAGUCUAUGUGAGAAGCAGCCCAUUGGGCGGCUGUUAUUCCGUCAGUACUGUGACACCAGGCCGGAGCUGAAACGCUGCAUUGAGUUCAUGGAUGCUGUGGCCAUGUAUCAGCUCGCUCCUGAUGAGAAGAGGAGGGACUGUGGAGUGAAUCUUAUAGACACAUACUUCCACAACGGGUCGGCCGCCCAUCUGCCAGACGUACCCCAGGAUGUAGUUGCUGGGUGUCGGGAGAGGCUGGAGCAGACUCCGUGUAAGGAGCUCUUCAAUGAGUGCACAAAAAUAGUUCGCGAUUAUCUGAGUGGAGUUCCAUUUUCCUUAUUCCAUGAGUCCAUGUACUUCUCUCGCUUCCUGCAGUGGAAAUGGUUGGAGAGGCAACCAGUAACCAAAAAUACCUUCAGACAUUACAGAGUACUAGGAAAAGGUGGAUUUGGUGAGGUUUGUGCCUGCCAAGUACGUGCCACCGGUAAGAUGUACGCCUGUAAAAAGCUGGAAAAGAAACGUGUGAAGAAAAGAAAAGGUGAAGCAAUGGCACUAAACGAAAAACGCAUUUUAGAAAAAGUUAACAGUAGUUUUGUAGUUAGUCUAGCAUAUGCCUAUGAGACCAAGGAUGCGCUGUGCCUGGUGCUGACCAUAAUGAAUGGCGGUGACUUAAAGUUUCACAUCUACAACAUGGGCAACUCUGGCUUUGACGAGCAGAGGGCCAUCUUCUACGCUGCUGAGAUCUGCUGUGGCCUUGAGGACCUGCACCGGGAGAGGAUAGUCUACAGGGAUUUGAAACCUGAAAAUAUCCUUCUGGAUGAUCGUGGACACAUUCGGAUUUCAGACCUGGGCCUUGCUGUUCAGAUCCCUGAAGCAGAGACGAUACGAGGGAGAGUUGGGACUGUUGGAUACAUGGCUCCUGAGGUGAUCCAGAACGAGAGCUACAACUUCAGCCCGGACUGGUGGGGGCUGGGCUGCCUGAUCUUUGAGAUGAUCCAGGGCCAGUCGCCCUUCCGCAAGCGCAAGGAGCGCGUCAAGCGGGAGGAGGUGGACAGGCGAGUGCGCGAGGACCCGGAGGAGUACUCCGAUAAGUUCUCAGAGGAGGCGAAGGACAUCUGUAGACAGCUCCUGGUCAAGGACCCCAAGGAGCGCCUCGGGUGUCUGGGUCACGGGGCCAUAGAGGUCAAGCAGAACCCAAUCUUCAGAAACAUCAACUUCAAACGGCUGGAGGCCGGCAUUCUGGACCCUCCCUUCAGCCCAGAUCCUCGGGCCGUGUACUGUAAAGACGUCCUGGACAUUGAGCAGUUUUCCACUGUCAAAGGCGUGAACCUUGACCCCACAGAUGACGACUUCUACUUCAAGUUUGUCACAGGCAGUGUCUCCAUCCCGUGGCAGAAUGAGAUGAUCGAGAUGGAGUGCUUUAAAGAAAUCAAUAUCUACGAGACGGAUGGGACCCUGUGCUCAGACCUAGACAUAAACCGGCCCAACCCUCCACCAAAGAGAGGCUUCUUCUACCGCCUGUUCAGAAGAGAGGUCUGUUUUAAGAGCAGUUACAGUGACGACGAGACCGGAGAGCCCUCGCGACUUUAAACCACUCCCUUCAACCCGCCGGUUAGCCCCGCCCCUCCCUCGCCGCUGAACUUCACCACAAACUCCAACCGAGCGCAAAUCUUAGGAACUCAGUGAAUGUUGACCUGUAUUUAUGAGCUGUAUUAAAAGUGUAUUAUAAUUAAAGAAAAAAGUAUGAGUUUAAAGAUUUUGUACAUUUGUACUUGAAUUUAUGUCUAGAUGUAUAUUUUCACUAAAGGUUGUAUUGUACAAAAAGCCAUAAAAGUACCACUUGAAUGCAUACAUUACAUUUUUUUUUUUUUCUUUUUCCUUUCCUUUUGGAAUGAGUAUGGAUAAUGUGUAUUGGGGAGUUUUUUAAGAAGCACAGUAACAGUUGUUUGUUUUUUUCUCAAUGUAGCAUAAGGCCUUUUUUGUUUUUAUAUGUGCUGUAUGUUUGUCAUUGAUUUGACCAACGUGACGUGUUGUUAGCACAUCAGAUCCACCCCCCCCUCCCGAACUAACCUUUAGCCUUUCAACACAUCGAGGCUCAGGUAGAUCUGAUUGGGCGUCGAUCUAAAUGAAUCCAGUCUUACGUUGCUGUGUUAGGGCCAUGCUGCUUAAACCUUCCCACAUAUUUCCCAGCUCUCCACAUUUUUCUUUAGGAGUCUAAGAUCCUUCCCUCAGUCCAGUUAGGCAGUUUGUGGUGGAAUGGACGGCCUGCGUAGUUGAGCAUCAGCUAGUGGCCUGGACCGGCUCCAUUCUCGCAGAGACGGUGGAUUUCUUUCUGAAACAUUUUUCGUCAGCGAGCGCAACUUUAAGUAUCCCUACAAACACAAAGGACAUAUUAUGGUCAGUGUGCGUGACACACGGCCUGAUUAUCAUUCCUGGACCUCUCCAAAAACCUUUCCAGAGAUGCAAACUGCUCAGAUGCGCAGGGUUUCCUUUGGGAGCGCAGCUGCUGAGUAAACGUCUGUUACAUUGCUCACUCAGGCACAACAUGUUUCGGUGACCUGUAUCCCCCCCCCGACUCUUCGUGCUUUUGUCGUACUACCUAGCUUUUCUGUGUCAUUGCUCCGUGCAGAGCGGAAAUGCUUUCACUUGAAACUUCUUAGUAAUUUGCUUCCCACAUUUUUGUGUGACUUGGAACAUGUGGGGGAGAGCUGAGGAUGAGGACAAUGAUGAUUUGCUGAUGCAUCAAACUGACUUCCAAUGAUCCAGCUGUCAGCAGCUAUUAGCCUCUGCACCCAGUCGAGACGCAGCCUGCUUUGGCCUCUGCCUGUUGAUCGUAGAUAGCACGAUCCCUUGUGGCCUCUUGUCCUGCUGGUAGAACGCUAGGAUCAUCCAGUGGCUUCAGCUGUGUUUGUGAUUAUGAUAAAAAUCAGUUCGUCGUACCCGUGGCCAUCUUUGAUUAUUGCUUUGAAGUCCUGGGUGUUGUUCUCUCAGAGGAACGACAUCAGAAAGUUGCUUGUACGAGAGUCGACCAGGAGAAACACUUGACCACUUUCACUGCUACAAUAUUUAUGCAUUUAGUUUGGUUUCCUUUCAGUUUAACCAAUCAUGAACAAAUACAUGUUCUGUACAUUGCCCGACCAUGUUAUACACAGGAUUCAUUUUUUUGCUCUCACUUGCAUUUAUGAUGCCAUUUUGCUUCAUGAGAAAGAUGCUGUAUACUCCCCAUCACCUGUUUUAAUGCUGUGAAUAUCCAAUCUGGACAUGUUAGCUUUGUGUGUGUAUAUUACACUGUAUGCUAAUGCAGCUUUUGGUCAGUCUAAUGCAUUGAAGUAAAUUAGCCUUGUGCUGUAAGAAUUGAGUUACAUUAAGGAUUCAUUCAUAAUCUGAUUCUACUUUUUAUCUCCACAAAAAAAAGCGAUGCCUGCCUUUUUUUUGUCAGCACAACAUUUCAAAAAUCAUUUGGGGGCUUGAAUGUCAGUUGAACACAUUUCUAACAUUGGAGAUGACCUGCAGUUGAAAUGGUACGCAUAGAGUCCCCCGUCUGUUUGGAGAGUCUGCGGUUUGCCGAUUUUGUAAUUUUUUCCCCCCCUCCCCUUGUUGCACACUCCAUUAUCAAAAUCAGGAAUCAAAUGCGUGCAUCUAGCUGUUGCUGGCUUUGUUACUUGAGUUUCUUAAGUGUCUUUAUUUUUGUUGUUGUUGUUGCUCUCAGGCACAUUUUAAAGCUGAUUUCUCUUGCCAGUGUAGAUUUUAGCCUUUUAGCUCUUUAGCCUCAAAAACCUUGUAAAUGAUGUAUUUCUAACAUGUAACUAAGCUCUAACACACACACACACUCACAGGGAAACCAAUGUGUUUGCCUGCCAUGCCUCUGUCAUUGUUUGGAGUAACUUUACUGUCAUACCACCCAUACAGCAGUAAAGUUGAGUUCUUUUCCGUUUCAUUGCACUAUGGUGUGUUUUGACAAUGAUUAUAUAGGAAGUGUCUUUAACCUUUUUUUGCCAAUGAUACCAAAAGCGACAUUUUAGUAAAUCGAACUUGUUUCGUUUGCUGAAGAAUUUACUAAAGAAAGACUGACAGCCUUUAUUCUAUGUGCCAAUUAUUAGAGUUAAUUUCUGACAUCUCAUCUUUUUUCAACCUCUUUAUCCUUCCGUCCGCUCUAAGAGAAAUUCCUUCACAUAAAGGAAUUUCAACAGUUCAACAGUUUUGAAUGUCCGCACUAAGUGCAUUUUAAUGCCUGUUUUAAAAAAAAUACAUAUGUUUUAUUACUCAAGCAUGUAUUGGUUUGUAAUACUUCAGGUUCCUUAUAUAUGUAAAUUAUGACCUUCUAGUGCCAACAUAUCUCACUGGUAUCUGAGAACAACCUUAUAAAUGGCAUGGCGACCAGCUGAAUUAGCCCAGUUUGAAUACACAACAAGCAUUCCUGCUCUCCUGCCUUCCUCCGAGGCGCUGAUGGCGAGUGCGUCUCCCUACAAACUGGGAUGAUGCUCGCUAGCACCGGUUAGAAGUGAGAGAUCCUCAGUUCCUUGAUGUCACCUGAGUCUAGUUUAGGGAUAACCACCGAUACAAUUCUGGAAAUUCUCCAGAUGUGUCAGUGAAGUGAUUUAUUUUCUUUUUUUUCUUUUUUUCAAGGAAGGAAGGAAGCAAUGGGAAAAUGCAUUAUGGGUGUUCAGACUGGGCCUGGGACUUCUUGAUUUUUUCUUUUCUUCUUUUUUUGUAUCUGUACAGUCAUGUCGUUCAACCACUGCAGUCAUUGUUAAUUCUUGUACAAGUUGUAUCACUGGUUGUUGUACCAUAUCUGACAUUUGUAAUUAUGAAAUAAUACA